AUGCCACUGCCCAAAGACUCUGAGGGUGCAGCUGAAAGCCACCCAGACAGACAGACUCAUGGGAACCAUACUGUGAUACAGAAUGUAAAAAAGAUUUUACACAACGAUAACAAAUCAACAUCACAAGUCUCACUUACCGUACCUGUCUCUCCAUCAAAGUCUCUAAAUUGUUUGCCUGAAUCCUCUGGGGACGCAGUACAAGCCUCCGCCAUCAUACCACAUUGCCUUAGUUUUUUAGAUCAAAUGGUCAUUGAUGCAUCUAAGCGAGGAGAUUUACAAAAGUUGCAUGACCUGCAUCAAAGUAAUGCCAAUCUUUUAACUCAGGAUGAGCAUGGAAUGACUGCACUACACCAUGCUGCCAGUAUUGGCCACAAAGAAAUUGUCAAGUACCUCAUAGAAAAUGCCCCACCUGUGAUACUAGAUAUAGUAGAUUAUGAUAAAGGUCAAACUGCAUUACACAAAGCUGCCUGCUACCAAUGUCGGACAAUCUGUUAUCUGCUGGUGGAAGCGGGAGCUUCAUUGACGCAAACAGACUUUCAGGGACAGAGCCCAAGGCAACAAGCUCUGCUUGCUGAUGACGUAGAACUAGCAAAUUAUUUAAAAAGUAAAGAACACUUUCAGCUGGUUGUGUCUGAAGAUCAGGAGACCGCAGUAUAG